AUGGACUUCGUUGGAGAGAUCGUCGAACACGAGACUGAGGUGCCAAUGCCGCCAGUGGCGCCUACAGGCCCUGCGUCUGGAUUUCCGGAUCCAGGCAAGUUGAAGCUCAAGAGAGAGUCCAGAUGGAAGUCCCGCAACACCAAGAACUCCACACAGCUCCCGUCCAAAGUGGCGGCUCCCAAGGACGAGAACUUGUCGGAGGCCGAGAAGAUCCACCGCGAGAAUAUGGCCAGAUUGGGACUGAUGUCGGAGGAGGAAAUCUCGCGGGAACAGCAGGAGUUGCUCAGUGGACUCGACCCCAAGUUGAUCCAGAGCUUGUUGAAAAGAACCGAGUCCAGAAUCACCAAAAACAACCACAGUCUGCACGACAGCCACCUGCAUGACGGCCACUCUCAUGCAGAGGGCUAUAACGGGUGGAUCGGAGGCGUGAGGACUGCCGAGGGCAUGUCUGACCUCUCCCAUUUGGACGAGGCCGACGUCAACAAGGCGUUGGGAUUAAAUCCAGAAAACUUGUCGGCUACUUCCAGCUCCAGCUCUCUCAGCUCUUCGGGAAAAUCAAAAAAGUCGGUCAAAUUCAACACUGUGGCCACAAUCAAGUAUGACGACAUGCACGGAGGAACGGAGCUGGCUGGAGAAGGGUGGGAAGAUGUGGACGAUUUGAAUGACUUGAUUCCAGGAGCAGAAGGCGCAGAAGAAGAUGAAAUUGCCCCAGAAGGAUACCAAUUGGUGAGCGAGGAGGACGAAGCAAAUGACAAUAAACUCGGUGUGCACUUCACCAAGCCCAAGGACAAGCACCAAGACUUGGACCUCAAUGACCCCGACUUUUACGACAAAUUACACGAAAAAUACUACCCUGACUUGCCCAAAGAAACAGAAAAAUUGUCAUGGAUGACGAAACCGUUGCCCAAGCAAGUAUCCACCACCUACGAGUCCAUUUCAGAUAUGAGGUUUGACUUCAAGGGUGACUUGGUGGAACUCAAUGAUGAGACAAAAUCAGAACAGCCAGAAACCCCAACCUACAUGGGCUUGCAUCACCACUCCGACAAUCCCCACUUGGCAGGAUAUACGUUGGCGGAGUUGGCCCACUUGUCCAGAUCGGUUCUUCCCGGUCAGAGGUGUUUGAGUAUCCAAAUGCUUGGACGUAUUUUGCACAAGUUGGGGCUCCACAAGUACAGUAUUCUUCCUGUGGAUGAUAGUAACCCGGAGGACACCGCGUUCAAUGAGAACAUGAAGGAGUUGGUCACGAAUUUCGAGAACUUAAUGUGGAAUUUAAUAGAACAGUUGAGAAUUAUCGACUCGAUAACGGAGGCUGCCGAUGAGAAGAAAACUAGGAACCUUUCGGUCAGGAACUAUGCGAUCGAGGCCCUUUGGUUGUGGAAGCAGGGAGGGGGGAAACGGGGAGAGCUUGAAUCAGAAGAAGAAGCCAUUUCGAAGGCAUUGCAAAAUUAA